AUGGAGUUGCUAGUGAAACUCUUGUUUGCAACAUGUCUCAUUCUUUCAGUCACCAUUGAUGGAACAAAGGCAGAUACAAUGCUCACUGGAACUGUCAUCUGUGACCAAUGCAAAGAUGGCCAGAGAUCUCUUUUUGAUUAUCCUGUAAAUGGUGCAAAAGUGACUCUGUCAUGUAGUGACAGCAGUGGUCAAAUAACAAUGUCAAGAGAAGAAACAACAAACUGGUUUGGAAGCUAUACAAUGAGAUUUGAUGGUGCACCAGAUUUAGGUGGUUGUUCUGUACAUGUCUCAGGAAGUAAUGAUGGACAAGGAGGAUCAAUGAGUUGUAGUGAAGCUUCUGGUCCUGCUCAAAAUCCUAGACUCAUGUUUAGGAUGUUUGACAUGGAAAUGUAUGUUGUUGAUGCUCUUCUUGCUCAGCCUCCUCAACCUAUGCAAUACUGCUCAACAUCUUCCAAACCAGCCCCUACACCAUCUUUGCCGCCACCAACAUUGACACCACCAGUUUCUUCACCUCCUCAUUUCAACCUACCACCGAUGCCACCACUUCCGCCACUACUUCCAAUGCCGCAGCUUCCACCAUUACCACCAUUAGGUCCACUACCACCCAUGAUUUUCGUAGAAGCUUCAGCAUGCCCACCACAGAUGUGGAUGAUGCCGGAAUACGAAUGCUACUGGAGGGGUGUGAACAGAGACACUAAAGUAGCAGUGGCUUUUGGAAUGGUUGCAGCAAGGAGAUAUGGAACAGACAUUACAUUGUGGUAUGGAUUGGAAGGGAGAGGAGAUCCUUAUAGGACACUUUUGAGAGAAGGGAUAACUGCGCUUCUUAACUCUUAUAACAGCAUUCAUUUCUCUUAUCAUCCACUUGGCGUAAUCCAACACAUGAAUUAUGCUUUGAUGGGCUCAACUAGGGAUGUUCUUGUUACUGCUUUACACUUCAUGAGGGCUAAUUCUGGUGAAGCUGGAAAUGUUACUUGCAAAUUCACUUCUUGCAGUUAA